AUGAAACAAUUUGUGUUGGGAGUGGUUUUCCUGCUGGCCGCCGCCAAAACUGCAACGGCCAUCAGCUGCUACGUGUGUAAUACGACCGACUCGACGACACCGUUCCAGUGCAGUGAAUGGUUCGAACGGUUCGAUCGUCCCGACCUCAAGCCGGUCGAUUGCUCUAACGUGUAUGGGGCGAAGUACUGCAUCAAACAUAUUGGCCGCUUCGAAGCGUACGGUAUCCUCUGCUACCAGUGCUCGUCCGCCCAUUCCAUGUACUGUUCGGACAUGCUGGUCGCGGACGAAGCGUCACCCUUCAAACCGGAACCGUGCGACCACGUGUUCGAGGCAGAGUACUGCAUCAAAUCAACGGCAAUGCAUGAUGGUAUUGGUGCCAAGCGUUACUGUUCGUCGCGCGAUUUAGGUAACUACUGUAAUUACGUGCGGAAUCCGGGCGAUCAGAUCGAGUACCGAUCGUGUAUCUUCACCUGCGACACGGACGGAUGUAAUGCUGCUCCUCGUUCGCAGUUCGUUUCAGGAUCGCUGCUAACCAUCGUCACGACGCUGGCGGUGAUGGUCUCAAUACUUGUCAGGCAGUAG